AUGGACCAGCAGCCCCGGUGCUGGGCGGCAGCAGUGGCUGCAGCCCUCCUCCUGCUCCUGCUGGGUGCCCAGGGCCGGGGCGGCACUGCCAGUCCCCGGUGUGAGUGUGCCCGUGGCUCUCAAAGGAGGACCGGUCCGCUCUGCUGCAGGGGCUGCCCCGCAGGGCAGUACCUUGCGGCCCGCUGCACGGAGCCCUGUGGCAAUGCCACCUGCGUCCCGUGCCACCAGGGCUCCUUCCUGGCCGGGGAGCACCACCAGGAGACCAGCUGCACCCGCUGCCAGGCCUGCGACGAGCAGGCCUCCCAGGUGGCCCUGGAGAACUGCUCGGCAGUGGCAGACACCAGGUGCGGGUGCCCGCCGGGCUGGUUUGCGGAGUGCCUGGGCCCUCACUGCAUCAGCGGCGUGCCCUUCCGCUGCCACCCGUGCCUGGACUGCGGGGCCCUGCACCGCCACACGCGGGUGCCCUGUUCCAGCACAGACACUGAAUGUGGCGCCUGCCUGCCUGGCUUCUAUGAACAUGGCAACAGCUGUGUGUCCUGCCCCACGAGCGCCCUGUGGAGAUGUCCGGAGCCCUGCGCAGCGGCCUGCGGCUGGAGGCAGAUGUUCUGGGUCCAGGUGCUCCUGGCAGGCCUGGUGGUUCCACUGGUGCUCAGUGCCACCCUGACCUACACGUACCGCCGCUGCCAGCCCUGCAAGCCCGUGGUUCCUGAUGGAGCCGGGAUGGAGGCCCUGACCGCCCUGCAGACCACCCACCUCUUAACCCCUGAGAGCGCCCACAUCCUCUUGGUGCCACCCAGCGGCAGUGAGAAAGCCUGCCCCGGCCAGCUGGUGGGCAGCGGCUGGACCCCUGGCUGCGCCCAGACCCAGGAAGCGCCGGGCGCGGAGGGGCCGUGGUCCUGGGAGCGGCUGCGCAGCGGGGCUCUGGGCCCCCCGCCGCCGCCAGCGCCCCCUGCGGGCUCAGCAGCCGCCACGCUGCAGCUGGGCCCGCAGCUCUACGACGUGAUGGACGCGGUGCCCGCGCGGCGCUGGAAGGAGUUCGUGCGGACGCUGGGGCUGCGCGAGGCCGAGAUCGAGGCCGUGGAGGUGGAGGUGGGCCGCUUCCGCGACCAGCAGUACGAGAUGCUCAAGCGCUGGCGCCAGCAGCAGCCCGCCGGCCUGGGCGCCAUCUACGCGGCCCUGGAGCGCAUGGGGCUGGACGGCUGCGCCGAGGACCUGCGCGGCCGCCUGCAGCGCGGCCCGUGA